UGGUAAAAUCAGAGUCACAAGAUUAUGUGGGCGAAAAAAUACUGUUCUGUACUGCCCUCCUCCGGUCUAGACAGAACAAUUGAGUCUGCGCUUCAGGGAAAAUGAGUGAAUCACUGGUUGUGUGUGACGUUGAUGGAGACCUAGUUAAAAAGCUACGGGAGUUCCGCUUCCGGAAGGAGACUAACAAUGCUGCUAUCAUCAUGAAGAUUGACAAGGACAAGCAGCUUGUCAUCCUUGAUGAAGAACAUGAGGAUAUUUCUCCUGAUGAUCUGAAGGAUGAGCUGCCUGAAAGACAGCCAAGAUUUGUGGUGUAUAGCUACAAGUACGAACAUGAUGACGGACGAGUUUCUUACCCUCUCUGUUUCAUCUUCUCCAGUCCAGUGGGAUGUAAACCUGAGCAACAGAUGAUGUACGCCGGAAGCAAAAACAAACUGGUGCAAACUGUCCAGUUGACCAAGGUGUUUGAGAUCAGAAACACGGAGGACCUGACGGAGGAAUGGCUUAGAGAGAAGCUGGGCUUCUUCGGUUAAGACGAGACCAUUUUGGUGAUCUAAUGGACUGAAGGGUUUAGAGGAGGAACAAGACACUUGGAAAGAAAACAACACCAUUACUUACGUUUCCCUCCUCUGAUGUACCUAUUCCCAUACAAUCCCCCCCCCCCCCCCCCUCAACAUGUGCCAGUUUCCUGUGUCCUUAAUGAAAUUAACACUACCACUCCUUCUGAGAUGGACAGAGCAAAAUUCAAGGGAAAUUGAAAGGAAUUGUCAUGGCUGCAAUUUCUUUUGAGUUUUGCUUGUUUAGUAAUAAUGACAUAAUUAUGACCUGAUAGAUUAGAUUCGAACCAGUUUUUUUUUUUUUUUUUUACUGUAACCAAAAGGAUGGUUCUGAUAGUAAGAGGGGAUCUGUGAUUUGGGAAGCUGUUAAAAAAAAGAAAAAAGUAUCAAGUUGUGGGAGGAUGCUGGGUUGUGAAGAUACAAUACUACUUUGAUUCUUUAUACGUUUUCAAGAUGGAAGUGCCUCCAGGCUUGAAGCACUUUUGACCUUAAAUCACACAAUCAUAGCCAUUCAUUUGACAUCCAAAUUCAAUGCAUCUUUGACUAUGUUGUGUGUACUUUGUCCUUGUGCUUGGAAAGGUAGGUCAGUAUAAAGAAAUACAUUCAUUUCUUACAACAUUCACUCACUGAUUUAAGUUUAAAUGACACCAUAUGACAACAAAGAAUAUUAAUCCAAAUUACAAUACUCAAAAAGAAGACGGCUAAAAAAAUACAAUUCACCAUCUUGUUUCUGGAUCUAUAUGUUCUUAUUGUAGUUGUUCCCGGGGAAAAGGAAUCGUUGAUGCUCUUGGUCGAUAAGUAACAUUUUAAGAGCCUGCAGCUAACUUCCUUGAGAGUGGCAGACUGUUUCUGAGUGACAGUUGGUUAUCUCUGUUCAUCUUUGUUUUAGAGUAGAAUCAUUGAUUCUGCAGAGAGACUGUAGUGAGGUAAUGGUACACUAUUCCCUACAUAGUGCACUACUUUUGGUCAUCCGUAGUGCACUAUAUAUGGAAUAGGGUGCCAUUUGGGACACUGUUAUACCAUUGAACUGUGUCCUUCAAAGUGGAGCACCUGUUUCGCCUACAAAGAUUAUCAUUGAUACAUUCUUGAAAGAAAUCUCGUGUUUGAUUUAUACCCUGAUGAAGACAGCUUGUCUGCCCGAAACGUUGGACAUAAAAAAAAAUUGCAUCUGA